AUUUUAAAUCCUCGGGCCAAUGGGGAGCGGCCGCGCGCGGUAACGGCCCGGGGGGUUUGAAUCGGGGCUGUCCGGCACCGGCACCCACCGAGCCCGGCACCCACCCACCGACCGCACCGAGCCCGGCACCGGCACCCACUGACCGACGGACCGCACCGAGCCCGGCACCGGUACCCACCGAGCCCGGCACCGACCAACCGGGACCGAGCUGAGCUGAGCCGAGCCCAGCACCCAUCGACCCGGCACCGACCGACCGGACCGAGCUGAGCCUGGGACCGGCACCCACCGACCCCCGCACCGACCGAGCCCAGCCCAGCCCCGGGCCCCGCCGCUGCUCCGGCCCCGAGCUGUGCUCGCACCCGCCGCUCCCCGGCACCGGGACCCGCCAUUCUUCCAUCACCGAACUGAGCCCGGACCAGGCUCCGUCGCUGCUCCGGCCCCGGCAGAGACCCCCGCAACCCCGCAGUCCCGCACGCCAUGAGCGCGGCGGGCGGGAAGGCGGCGCGGCCGGCGGCGCUGGCGGAGCCGCCCCGCACGGAACCGGCCCGGGCGGCGGCGGCGGCGGCGGGCGGGAAGGAGGUGCCGAAGGUGCUCGUGGACCCGCGUACCCGGCGCAGCUUCGUGCGCGGGCGGUUCCUGGGCAAGGGCGGCUUCGCGCGGUGCUACGAGCUGGCCGAGGCCGAGAGCCGGGAGGUGUUCGCGGGGAAGGUGGUGCCCAAGUCGCUGCUGGUGAAGCCGCACCAGAAAGAGAAGAUGUCCAUGGAGAUCGCCAUCCACCGUAGCCUCUCUCACCGUCAUGUCGUCGGCUUCCAGGGCUUCUUCGAGGACGCCGACUUUGUCUAUGUCGUGCUGGAGCUCUGCCGCCGCAGGUCGCUGCUGGAGCUGCACAAGCGGCGGAAGGCGCUGAGCGAGCCCGAGGUGCGGUACUACCUGCGCCAGACCAUCCUGGGCUGCCAGUACCUGCACAGCCACCGCGUCAUCCACCGCGACCUCAAGUUGGGCAACCUGUUCCUCAGCGACGACAUGGAGGUGAAGAUCGGUGACUUUGGCCUGGCCACCAAGGUCGAGUACGACGGUGAGCGCAAGAAGACGCUGUGUGGGACCCCCAACUAUAUCGCCCCAGAGGUGCUGGGCAAGAAGGGGCACAGCUUUGAGGUGGACAUCUGGUCCAUCGGCUGCAUCAUGUACACUCUGCUGGUGGGGAAACCUCCCUUUGAGACUUCUUGUCUGAAGGAAACGUACCUCCGGAUCAAGAAGAACGAGUACACCAUUCCUAAGCACAUCAACCCCGUGGCUGCAAACCUCAUCCAGAAGAUGCUGAGGUCUGACCCUGCCACGCGCCCGACCAUCGAUGAGCUGCUGAACGACGAGUUCUUCACCUCGGGCUACAUCCCCAGCCGCCUGCCCACCAGCUGCCUCACGGUCGCGCCCCGGUUCUCCAUCGCUCCCAGCGGGAUGGAGCUCGGGCGGAAACCGCUGACGGCGCUCAACAAAGGACUGGACAGCCCUGCACUGGAGAACUUGCCAGACAAGGAGGAAGCAGCGGGGCUGCGGGAGGUGGGAGAUGCUGUCACCUGCCACCUGGCUGACAUGUUGCAGCAGCUGACAGCAGUCAAUGCAGCCAAGCCCUCUGAGAGAGUGGCGGUGAGACAAGAAGAAGCCGAGGACCCAGCUUGCAUUCCCAUCUUCUGGGUUAGCAAAUGGGUGGACUACUCAGAUAAAUAUGGACUAGGUUACCAGCUGUGUGACAACAGUGUCGGGGUUCUCUUCAACGACUCCACUCGCCUCAUCAUGUACAACGACGGGGACAACCUGCAGUACAUUGAGCAGAACAGCACCGAGUCCUACUUCACCGUGAGGUCCUACCCCUCCACCCUGAACAAGAAGAUAACACUACUGAAGUACUUCCGGAACUACAUGAGCGAGCACCUGCUGAAGGCAGGGGCCAACAUCACACCACGGGAGGGGGACGAGCUGGCCCGCCUGCCCUACCUCUGCACCUGGUUCCGGACCCGCAGCGCCAUCGUCCUGCACCUCAGCAACGGCACCGUGCAGAUCAACUUCUUCCAGGACCACACCAAGGUCAUCCUGUGCCCUCUCAUGGCUGCUGUCACGUACAUAGAUGAGAAACGGGACUUCCGCACGUACAAGCUGAGCCUGAUCGAGGAGCACGGCUGCUGCAAGGAGCUGGCCAGCCGGCUCCGCUACGCCCGCACCAUGGUGGAGAAGCUCCUCAACUCCAAGUCUGGCUCGGGCCGUGCGAAACCCUCUGCUUAGACCUCGUUCUUGCUGGACUCAACGUCUGUGCCAAACUGCCCAGCUGUGGAGGGAGAGGUCUGGGAGCUUUCCUCCUGUGGCACAGCUGGGCUCCCACUCUUGGAUAUGGGCUCGUUGCCACAAGGAAGCCCCUGUUGCUGUGGGAACAGUGUUGAUCACUCUGACUGAUGCCCAAAGGUUUCUUGAUCCCCACUCCUAAUGGAGUGGUUUUUUUUAAUUCCUUACCUAGUCUGUUUUUCUAACUUCCCAAAGCCAAAAGCCUGGCUCCAAACCAGCCCUCUUGUUUGAGGCACCUGGGCCUGCUCUUGAGAGAGCAGAGCAGGGGGAGAGCAGAGCUGUCACGUGAGGUGUCUGUACGUGGCUGUGCCCUUGCCUUGGGCUUCGUUUCCUCUUGCAGAAGCUCAGGUAAGGUAUUGAACACGCCCAGGGUGAGACCGAGCAAUCGACCUUUUAAUACUGAAACUACACAAAACCUCAACUUUUGUAUAUUGCAUAACUUGAUUAAAGAUUGUUUGCCGCAGUGUC